CAAUGAUUGCCCAGCGAACAGGAACAACGGUGCUGCGCCGAGUGGUCGGCAAGCCAAAUGCCUUCUUCACCGCCAACGUGGCCAAGCUGGGCCUGGCCCAGCCGCUCUCCACCACCCAGACCAGGCUCGUAGCGACGCAAAAACUGACCGCCGACGACGAGACGGCCCUCCUGGCCAAGCAGCGCCUCAACCGGCCCGUGUCGCCGCACCUCGACAUCUACGACAAGCAGCAGACCUGGUUCGGCGGCUCCAUUUGGAUGCGCUUCACGGGCGCCGCCUUCAGCGGCUCGCUGUACGCCUUUUCAGCCGCCUACCUCGUUGCGCCGCUCAUGGGCUGGCACCUGGAGAGCGCGUCGCUGGCGGCCGCGUUCGGCGCGCUGCCCUUCGCCGCCAAGGGCGCCUUCAAGUUUCUCGCCGCCUGGCCGUUUGCCUUCCACGCCAUCAACGGCGUGCGGCAUCUGCUCUUUGACAUUGGGGUCGGUUUUAGUCGGCGGACGAUUGUUAAGACCGGGUGGUACGUCUGGGGCGCGUCCCUGGUGGGCGGGUUGUACAUUGCCUUCUUUCUGUGAAGGGGUGAAUACGGAUAGUUGGGUACACCAAGAACAGGAGCGGACCCUUAUGUGAGGAGAGACGCGGUGGGAGGAGGUGGAAGCGUGAGGGACUAAGGUUAGUCUUCUUCUUUCGUGAGACUGUCAUGAUUGUUAGUCUGGAGGGUUUAGACAUGGGGGAAGCAUAUAUGUCUGUGAUUAUCGCAAUGUCAAGGCGAUUGUUUGUCAUGGAUAUGGGCACGGCGGUUGGGAAGUCGGUGUGUUUUAAUGUAUCACUACUUUCCCUCCUCCUAAAAUGCCUGUUAUACCCUACGCCAGGACCUGCUACUGAGGCUGCAACGGAGUGGUGAUCCAGGUCCCGUUGCCCAGAUUCCUCGACGCCAUGUUUAUCCGUCCGC